UCAAGGACCAAGUUUCUCCAUCGAACCUCCUGGUAGAAUCGAAUUUAUGAACAAUGCGGGAAACACGGUGGAUUGUGCUGCUAAUGGAAACCCCCCGCCAAAUAUUCAGUGGCUCGAUAAAGAAAAUAAUCCUAUUUCAUCAAUUUUUAAGGCUCGUCAUAUAUUGGCUAAUAGCUCCCUAUAUUUUCAACCCUUUGCUGCUGAAGAGUUUCGUCAGGAUGUACAUUGGUCAAUCUAUCGUUGUACUGCAAGUAACAGUGUUGGAACCAUUAUAUCCAAAGAUGUUGUGGUCAGAGCUGUGGUUUAUCAACGUUAUGAACCUGAAGUACAAAAUCCAGGUGGAUUUCUUGGCAGCAAUGUACUCAUAAAAUGUACAAUUCCCUCGUUUGUAAAAGAGUAUGUAACAGUAACAUCGUGGCUACAAGAGCCGAACUUCAACAUUUACCCAUCACUUGAAGGCGAUGGUAAAAACCAUAUGUUGUUAACUGGGGAGCUAUUGGUUUAUAACAUUACAAAAAGUGAUGCCCAAAAAUUAUAUCGCUGUCGCACACAUCAUAAGUUAACGCAAGAUUCCGUAGUAAGCAACAACGUCGGAAAAAUUCAACUAACGGAAAUGCGUGAACUUGUUCCUCCAAUUAUGAAUGAGAAAACUACCAAGCUGAUGAUAAGAGCAGGAGAUCCAUUAGUUGUUGCAUGUGUAGCAUAUGCAAAUCCAAAACCUACGUACAGAUGGCAUACUAAACGUUCAAGUAAUGAGGAAUCAAUGCAGCAUAUGCUGGCUACUGGAAGGGCUAAGACAAAAGAUGGUACUCUUAUUAUAUCGGCUGUCAUAAAAGCCGAUAAUGGUGCUUUUUUUUGCACUGUGACAAACUCAGAGGGAACCGAAACAUUCAAAGUAGAUUUAUCUGUAACAUCUGCAUUAAGCGCUAGCAUACAGCCCGCCGUACAGACAGUUAGUCUGGGUCAUACUGCUGAUUUAGUUUGCAGUGUAUCUGGAUUUCCCACACAAAAUAUUAUUUGGAUGAAAGAUGGCGGUACCUUGCGCACAGGUUCUCGUGUACGACUCUUAUCCAAUGAGCAUAUUCAUAUCUCGUCCAUCGUAAAAGAAGAUAAGGGAAUGUAUCAAUGUAUUCUUAAAAACGAUUUUGAAUCUACUCAGAGCUCCGCUGAAUUAAGAUUAGGAGAAGUUGCCCCUCAGUUGCUCUACAAGUUCAUUGAACAAACUAUGCAGCCAGGUCCAUCCGUAUCAUUAAAGUGCAGCGCUAGUGGAAAUCCGACACCAAAAAUUGUGUGGUAUGUGGAUGGGUUUCCUUUGCCUAACAAUGAUAGACUCAUGAUCGGUCAAUAUGUGACCAUGUUUGGGGAUGUCAUAUCUCACGUAAAUAUUACGGCAGUAAAGUCAGAAGACGGAGGAGAUUAUGAAUGUAGAGCUCUCUCAAAAGCUGGAGUGGCAUCGCACUCUGCUCGCCUUAACAUCUAUGGAAUGCCGUACAUACGUCAUAUGUCAAAGCUGUCGGCGGUGGCUGGUAAGGUUUUUACACUCAAGUGUCCUAUAGCUGGAUAUCCCAUCGACACAGUUAACAUUGAAAAAGACGGCGUUAGGUUACCCAUAAACAUAUGACAGCGUAUGCAAAACGGAACCUUAACUAUUGAAAACGUGCAACGCGGUGCAGAUCAGGGCACCUACACUUGCAUUGCUCGGAAUAAGCACAAUUACACUUCUCAGCGGUCAGUUGAAGUUCAAGUUUUAGUUCCGCCCAAGAUUACACCAUUCUCAUUCGCACGCGAUCUGAAUGUCGGCGACCGUACAAGCAUUCAGUGCGUUAUUGGCACCGGGGACCUGCCGCUUUCAUUCACGUGGCUAAAGGACGGGCAUCUUCUGCAAGCAACCGCCUCAUCCGAUGGUGUUAGCGGUGGGCUUAGUGGUACCGGUGGCGCUGCUGUUAUGAGUUCUGGCUUUGUAUCAACCUCAUCCAUCUCCUCCUCCUCACCGACUUUUCAUCAACAAUAUGAACACGUCGUUUCGAAUGAAAAUGGUCGUAGCGGUGGUGAAGGUAGUGGCCUAGUGACAAUUCGCCAGAAUGAUGAUUUCACCAGUGCCCUUAGCAUCACAAGUGUGACGUGGGCCCAAAGCGGCACGUACACAUGUCGCGUUCAAAAUGACGCCGCAACUGUAACGCACUCUGCACAGCUCAAAGUUAAUGUUCCUCCUCGUAUAUCACCUUUUGCUUUUGAGGAAGAAAUAACUGAAGGUAUGCGGACACAGAUUAUGUGCUCCAGUAGUCAAGGGGACCAACCGUUUAACAUCACAUGGCUAAGAAAUGAUGUGCCCAUCAUUAGUAAUACAGUAGCUGUCAAGAAAGAUGAGAACGUAAUUGAGCCUAAAGAUCAUACCACAGAUAAAAGGAAUACAUUUAUUUCUUCGGAUCCGUCACUAACCAUAAAUCAAUAUGCACAAUUUUCCAGCAUAUUAUCGAUACAUAACGUUUCUUCACGACACAACGGUAACUACACUUGUAAUGUAGCCAACCAUGCUGGUGCUGUACAAUUUACUGCUGUUCUCUCGGUAUCCGUACCUCCUAGAUGGGUCUUAAAACCUACUGACCAAGAUGCAAUACUUGGUAAUUUAGUAAUAAUGUCAUGUACUGCUGAUGGGUUUCCCGAGCCUACAGUUCAAUGGAAGCAAUCUAUCGGAGACUCUGGGGAGUAUCGCGAACUGAAUUAUGGAGUUAGCAAUGGAAACUCACACUCUGUUAUAGAGACUCACGCCAAUGGUUCGCUUAUUAUAUCAAAGGUCGGACGAGAGCACGAGGGCCACUAUUUAUGUCAGGCAAACAAUGGAAUUGGGGUUGGACUAAGUACUUUAAUAAAAUUGACCAUUCAUGUGGGUCCUUCGGUAACAGUUUCUAAAAAAAUGUUUACCAUACGACGCGGUGAACGUGUAACGAUAGCAUGUGAAGCAACUGGAGAUCGGCCGUUGGAAAUGUCUUGGAGAGCCAAAGCUAAUAAAAUUGAUCCUGCUUAUGAAAUACGAUAUCACAUCAAAAACUCGCCUUUAGCUUAUGGAGUUUUAUCUGAACUGACAAUAUUACACACAGCUCUUACUGAUAGAGGAGAAUAUUCAUGCAUUGCCAACAACGCAUACGGUCAUGAUAGAUCUGUCGUACAUUUGCAGGUCCAAGAACCUCCAACUUUUCCGGUCAACUUACACGUUAUGGAUUUGGGAAGCCGUUCUGUGACAUUGGCGUGGUCGCCAAAUGAUCAGGAUUCAGUAAUUUUAGGUGGCGGUGGAGGAAACAAUCGAGACUCUCAACCAAUAUCAAAUUACAUAUUACAAUAUAAGAAAUCAGGAGAUGUUUGGCAUGAACAAAAUAACCAAAAACUUAUACCUGGGGAUAGAACUACUGCACAAUUAGGAUCACUUAAGCCAGCACAGUCAUAUCACAUUCGCCUAUAUGCAGAAAAUCAUUUAGGUACCAGUGCUCCAAGUGAUGUUUUAUUCUUUCAAACGGACUCGGAAGUACCAUCUGCACCUCCCCAAGAUGUAACUGCAGAACCUUUGGGAGCGCAACAGCUAUUGAUAACUUGGCGGGCACCUGUGCGGGAUACCUGGAAUGGAGAGUUGUUAGGUUACACCAUUACAUAUCAAAAACAUAACUCCCCAAAUAGGGUAAAAAAUAAUACGAAAGUUAGUAGCUUAAGAACAGAAGGUAUAAAUGACUUCCGCUUAAUCGAAUUGGAAAAGUAUACGCAAUAUGCAAUCACUAUAUCAGCCUAUAAUGUGAAGGGUGAUGGGCCCCCAAGCGAAGUGGCAUUAGGUCAUACCUUAGAAGACGCCCCUUCGGCAAGCCCGCAAUCCGUAUCAUGUAUUGCUCUAACUGCACAAAAUAUUCAAAUAUCUUGGCAGUCGCCACCCAAGGAAUUAUGCCAUGGAAUUAUUCAAGGAUACAAGAUAUUCUAUGAACCAGUAUAUUUCGAAAACGAGUACAACGGACGAGAAACUAAGAUUACAUCAGCUCAGAGCACUGUACUUCAUGGCCUCCAUCCUUUUACAAAUUACAGCGUUCAGGUUUUGGCUUUUACUCGUGCUGGUGAAGGUAAUUUAAGUCCUGCUGUAUCGUGUACUACUGAGGAGGCAGUUCCUGAUGCACCAGAACGUGUAAAAUCGAUUGUGAGUACUGAAUCGUCAGUAAUUAUUAGCUGGCUUCCACCACGACGUCCUAAUGGGUUGAUAACUAAAUAUAAUGUAUUCAUAAGAGUACUUGAAAAGGGACAGGAAUUAAAAAUUCUAAAGGAAGUUCUUCCAGCUCAUAAUCGCCAUUUCGAAGCUAAAGACUUAAAUAUGAGAGAAGUAUAUGAGGCUUGGGUGACAGCAUCCACGAGAGUGGGCCAAGGUCCCAGCACACCAGUUAUUAAACUCGUACCCAAUACACUAGUACCAGCAGCUAUAAUUUCAUUUAGUCAGACACUGAGUGUUAGUUGGAGAGCCGAUAUUAAAUUGACAUGCGUUUUUGUUGGUAACCCAAAAGCGACGGCAGAGUGGAAGGUUUUAAACACUCGUUUAAAAAAACAUAUCCGCAUGGAAGUAAACAAUGACAAUACAUUGAGUCUCCGGAACAUUCAACGGCCCAACGAAGGAAAUUACUCCUGUGUUGUGAGAAACCCGAUUGGUUCUGACCAUAUUACAUAUCAGCUAUUUGUACAAGUGCCGCCUUCAGCUCCAAUAGUCUCCGUAAAUUCGGUUCACAAAAACUCAGUAUCUUUACAAUGGAGAGUAGAAGACAUUGGUGGUGCGCCGUUAAAAGGUUUCACAUUAACUUUCAGACGCGAGCCGGCCGAGUGGGAGGAACUACAAUUGGAUCGCCGUAUUAACUCCUAUGUAUUAGAGAACCUUCAAUGCGGAACUAGAUAUCAAUUCACAAUCAACACAUAUAAUACAAUUGGCACGAGUCCUUCUAGCGAAGUGGAAUCAGUAAAAACUAAAGGUGAUAAACCGUCUGCGCCGCCGACUCAGAGUUUUAUUCGUUUGAAUACAACAUCGAUUACAUUGGAUUUAUCUUCGUGGCAAGAUGGGGGGUGCCCCAUACUGUAUUUCAGUAUAGAAUUCAAGCUGCAUGAGUCUUCUACUGAAUGGAUAAUAGUUUCUAACAAAAUUGAAACAAAUGCAAGAUACAAUAUAGGUGACUUAGACCCCGGAACUGCAUAUAACUUACGAAUGACUGCCCACAACAAUGCCGGGUCCACUCACAAGGAGUUUUAUUUUAAAACAUUAGACUUUGUAGAGAUUAAAAAUGAAUUGGGUCGUGUAGAGCUGCCCAGCGUCCAGACAGUAUUCACCGAUGCUCAUCUUUUAGCUGUAAUUGUGUCAUCCAUUUUUGGAACUAUUCUCGCAUUGAUUGGAGCUUUAAUAUGCUUUAAAAAUUAUCCUCGCAAUGGAUUUGCUAGUAACGAGAUUUCACUGAGGUCCCCUAGAGGCACAGGAGGCAAGGUUGUUCAACCCCGAGAACACUUUUAUGGUACGGUACGAAAAUCUUGCCAACAAUCUCCCCCUGAAUCUGUUAUCGGACUCGAGCGCAUACCAGAAUACUCAGAAGAUAUAUACCCUUACGCAACAUUUCAUUUACCAGAGCAUGAAAACCAAUCGGGGAACAUCCCAAUAAGUCAUACAGGAAAAUCAGUGAAUUAUGACUCUCGAUUAGCAGUUGAUAGUACCUUAUGCAGCUCUGGGACAAAAGUUAAAAGAUCAGCUUCAACCAGUGUAAGCGGCACCAACACUAACGCAAACAUCGAAGGUUGUGAUGAAUAUAAGCACUUGAAUACUGAAAAGAGACAAAAGCGUCGUUCAAAUGUAAUAAAGUCUGAGUCAGAAGAGUAUGACAGUUUGAAUAGCGACAGUGAGCUAAGUGGCGAGCGCGUCAAAGAAGAUAGUCGAUGUUCUCGCGAAGCAUCAGGCGGUGAGGAUAGUGGAUUUACAGGUGCCUGGACCCCAUGCCCACCGACUACUGCUUCUUUGACCCGCCAUAAAAGUAAAGGUGACCACCACCAACGGAAUUUAGCCAGCGACAGACUUACUCAUAUACAUUUGGGCAAGGCGCAGCCCAACAUUCAAAUAUGCCCAGCAGUAUACCCAACCGGAAAUGACAUAAAGAUACCAUUAAUAGUGACUACAGCAAAUCCAUUAACAGCCAAUGCAACAAAAAAAAUAGCAUCUCCCAAUAGUCGCGAGCAUAUAUCGAAAUUUUAAUGCAAAUCAAGAAUGUCUUAAUUCAUAUAUUACGACCUCAAAUUAAAUCGCUGACGACAUAUAAACUUACAAUUAAAAAAAAUUCGAUUCAGACAGUUCUCUGUAAAUUAUCACGGAACGAAAAUAUCAUUGAACGGUGUGCAAUUUAAAGCAUUUAGCUAUUUUACUAGCACAAAUAAAUAAUUACAUAUAUACAACUAUCUAGGAACCCAAGUAUUACAUUGUUGCAUUUACUUAGAUAAUAUAGCAUAUCCAUACAUAUGUAAAUUAAGUGUAUUAAUCUUCAAUAUAUAUAUAAUUUGAAAUCAAUUGGACAGGCUGCACUGAACCAAUAUAUAUGUAAAAAGUACAUAUGUACAUUCGUAUGACAAUUAAAUAGUCGUAAAAAAAUUGAGAUUCGAUUUGGCUCUAAACUUCUACCAGUAUUCUACGAACCUGUCGUAGAUCAGCCGACGAUUAAAAAAUUUCCAUAUUGCAAAAUUUGUUUUUUUAUCCAU